GAGAGGGAGAGGGAAAGAGAAAGAGAAGGGAAGAAGGAGGAAGAGGGAAGGAGAGUGAGAGAUGGAUGUAUAGAUACAUAUUUUCACCAUCCAAAGAGAAAAGUCACUUCACUUUGUAAAUGUGCCCAGAGGUAAGAAAAGGAGCAUGAUAAAGUUAUCUGAGUCUUAGAAUUAGAAUAAAGGUAAGAAAUCAUGCCUCAGAUUUUUCAGUGAAGCAUGAAACUUCAAAUUAUUUUGCUGAGAGUGAAUGGAUAAGAGAUAGUGUAGGUGUCUUGCAGGAAAUUUUAAAAAUUUCACUUUAAAAAAGCACUUGGGAGAAUGAAAUAAAAGAAGUUUCAUGUCACUGUGAAAUUCUAGAUUAGAAAAGAUAAUAUAUAUUUCUGUAACAGGCCUAGUGAAUACAAUUGUGUGAAUUCUUCCAAUGGUAUCUAUUACAUCAGACACAGCUAUGAAGGCAUAUAGUGGAAUUAGUCCAGAAUUUAGGUUUGGAAUUAAUCCAUGACUAUGGAAAAAAGGAUGUUAGGUGGCACAGUGGCUAGUGUGUGUAUGUGUAUGUGGGGAGGGGUAAUAGAAAGAUAUGAAUUCACAUUCAGCCUCAAACACUAGUAAGUCCUGAACAAGUCAUUUAACUCUAUCUACUUGGAUCCCUUAUCUGAAAAUGAACUGGAAAAGGAAAUGGCAAACUAUUCCAGUAUCUUUGCCAAGAAAAUCCCAAUAGGGUCACAAAGAGCCAGGAACAAUUGAAAUGACUGAACAACAAUGGGACAAAAUGAAAAGGUGUGCAAAGGUAGAAAGGAUAUAUAUUAUAUAGUUUAACUAGUUAAAAUGUUAGAAUAUUAAAUGUUAAAAAGUUAGAAUAUCAAGAGAAUAAAACAAGGAAAUUGAAAACAAGAGCAAGGGUAAUGGCUUGAGAAAGAAGGGAUGAAUGGAGAGACAGAUGGAUGAAACAGGGAAAGAAAAUUUAAGUAAUAUGAGAUUUAGGAAAUGUAAAGCAUAGGAAGGGAUAGAAGGCUAAUGAGUUAUAAUUAGAUUGGUAAAUUUCAGAAUCAUGGAGAUAGAACAUACAAAUAAUGGUGGCAGGAUAUUCCAAUCAGAGUAAAUAGUGAAAAAAAAAAAAAAAAAAAAAAAAAAAAACCUAGAAAGGUAGAAUGGGACCAAAUUUGCUUGCAUUUAAAUUGCUAGACUAAUGAACUUAUUUUAAAUUUGCUAGGAAACAUAAAGCCACAGAUAAUUUUUUGAUCAACAGAAUUAAGCUCAAUCUCCAAAUCUAGUUUUAUUCAGAUUUUAUUAAAUUUGCCAACCUAUAUUCACUCCAUCAUUAUCUUAGAAGGAAGAGGAGGCAACAAAGAGAAAAGAGGAGCAGUCAUAGAGAUUAAGAGUAGGAACUCCAAGAGAAUAUGAUAUCACAGAAACUAGUUGUAGAUAAAAAAGGCACUUUGAAUAAAGAGAAUGCUUAAAUAUGCUAUGAACCAACUUUAUGUUAGUAGUCAGGAAUCUUUGAUAUAAAAGUUCAGGUUUCACAAUUAGUUUUAUUUCUUUUGAAGAAUGCGGAAAAAUAAAGAUUCCAAGUAAUUGAUAUUUCAGUAGACAUCUUAAAAAUUGAUUUUAAAGCACUAAACUAUAAUGUACAAAGGACUGUGGUAAUCUAUUCAUUAUUUCUGUUCCCUCUUCUCUUCAGGUUUAGUACAAAUGAUGGAUGGGACCAAUGAAAGCAUUCAAUAUGAUUUUAUCCUUCUAGGAUUCUCCAACAGGCCCCAGCUUGAGUUAGUUCUUUUUGUGGUCAUCUUGAUUGCCUAUCUCCUGACAGUUGUGGGUAACACAACCAUCAUUUUAGUGUCCCAAAUAGACUUUCGCCUCCAUACACCAAUGUAUUUCUUCCUUACCCACCUCUCUUUCCUGGAUCUCUGUUUCACCACCAGCUCUAUCCCACAACUGCUCUAUAACCUAAGUGGGCCUGAUAAAACCAUUAGCCACACAGGCUGUGCUAUUCAACUUUUUCUGUUCCUGGCUCUGGGUGGUGUUGAAUGUCUCUUACUGGCUGUUAUGGCAUAUGACCGUUUUGUUGCUGUCUGCAAGCCCCUUCAUUAUAUAGUGAUUAUGCAUCCAAAACUCUGCCUGGGACUAGUGUCUAUUGCUUGGUUUGGUGGUGUGAUCAACUCAUUGACUAUGUCUCCUAUAACUCUGAAACUGCCUCGUUGUGGAAACAACAAGAUAAACCACUUCUUAUGUGAAAUGCCAGCACUGAUUCGGAUGGCUUGUGUAAACACUGUUGUCAUUGAGAACACUAUAUUUGUGCUGGCAGUGAUUAUUGUACUGACACCCUUAAUCCUUAUUCUGAUCUCUUAUGGCUAUAUCACCAAGGCAGUAUUACAUAUCAAGUCAGGGGUAGGGAGACAGAAAGCCAUCAACACCUGCAGUUCCCAUCUUAUUAUAGUAUCCCUCUUUUAUGGCAACAUUAUCUAUAUAUACAUGCAACCAGGAAACAGUGCUUCUCAGGACCAAGGCAAGUUCUUCACCCUCUUCUACAAUAUAGUGACUCCACUCCUCAACCCAGUCAUCUAUACACUGAGAAACAAGGAAGUAAAGGGGUCACUGAGGAGGCUUCUGGGAGCAAAUAAAGGGGCAAAUGAAAAAUGAUGGUAAACAAAC